CCGGCCGUGCCCGGGUGCCGGCGUUGCCCUCUCGUUUCUCGUUUGCUUUGUUUCUUUUUACGCAGUUUGGCGGUGGUCACAUUGGUCACUUGAGCACUCAAAUAUCAGUUAUCAAGGAUACGUUGUUUAAUUUACGAAAAUGUCGGACAAACGUAUUCUGGGUAAGCGAUUAGGGCAACGCAUUGGUCAGGAUGUGAUCGUGCUCGGCAGAGUCACGGAGAAGAGUUCGGAUGGUAUGAGUGCAGAGAUAACGACGACGGAUGACGCACAUAUUAACGUAACGUUCCCUGAGCCACUUGACAGCGAUGCAUCAGACUAUAUAGAGGUGCGUGGUACGGUCAAGUCAAAGUCUACCAUGUCCUGCAAGAACUUUCUGUGCUUUCCUCCAAAUCUGACUGCAGAUUUCGAUGUCAACAACUACAAUACAAUGGUGACAAUACGUUGCGUAUUGGAGAAUCGGAUAGAGGAAUUACUCUAUGCUUAGGAAUAAGAACUCCAGAGAAUUUACACGUACAAAUUAUUUACUAUGUUUCAUUUCUUUUCUUACAUUUUUCUCUUUUUACAUUCUGUUAGCAGCUAUUUUGGUACGUAUAUAAUAAAAAUAACAAGGAAUGCUGCAAUGAAAGAAAAGAGCAUUCAAACAUACAUUCCCUCGUUUGUACAUAAAAUUGAUCUGGUGAGACCUGAUCAGUAUACAUACAAGUAUACAAAUAUGCGAAACUGUAAUAAAUAUAUUAGAAUUAUAAUAAAUAUAUUAUCUCAUUAAUAUACAU